AUGGACAAAUUACCAGCGUUGGGCCGUGAUGUGGUCGGUUCAGCACCAGUUACCUUCCAGGCAUUUGGCGAUCUUUUACGCCGACCGGAACGUUUGGCAUUGCUCAACAGCACUCCAAGAGAGGUCCACCGCUAUGGCGACCAUGAGCGUCAAACCCUCGAUCUAUAUCGCCCUUCUUCAAGCUCGGGCCAAGAUAGACCGAUCUUUGUUUUUGUCCACGGUGGCGCCAAUGUCAGCGGGGGGAGCAUUGCGCCCGAGAUCCCAGGCGAAGUGGUGUACAAAGGUCUAGCCUUUUUUCUGACACAAGACAUGGGUUACGACGCCGUUGUGAUGAACUAUCGCCUGCUACAGCACGGUGCCGUGUUCAACAGCGGCGGACAAGAUCUCGACCUCGUCAUCAGAUGGAUUGAGGAGAAUCUUUGCACGAGAAGAGACAAACCGAGGACCUUGUUCCUCAUGGGCAACUCGGCCGGUGGUGUACAUCUAGCUGGGUGGCUCUUCGAUAAGCAGUUCACAGGAUCGACGCAACGAGUCACGGAGCCUUCAGCAAAGCUCUUUCUCAGCAGGGCGAUUAUUCUUAGUUCUACGCUGCUGGCAGAUCCGGACAACUCAUUCGUGACGCACAUGGUGCCUCAUCUAUUGAAAUAUUACACGACCCGCGAACUUAUCGUCCACAAUGCACCGAUCAAUUUGAUGCGAAGGAAGUACAGCAGUCACGCCAAAGAUGACAACGGGGCAAUCCUGCGCCGUCCAAAGCUAUUGCUCAUCGCCACCGAGUAUGAUCCUGUCUUGCUCAUAGACACGAUGAAGCAAUUGACGACAGAGUGGAAGGACGUCGGCGGACAAGCGGAAUAUUGGGAGCUUCCGGGCCAUAAUCACCUCAGUCCACCACUUGCCCUGGGCACAGGUGACAAGGCUGCUGAGGCAUGGGGUUUCGAGCUCGCAAAACGGCUUUCCGUUGAUCAUAGCUCCGAAAUCAUUUGA